AUGGGUUGUACAAGUUCCAAGCUUGACGAUCUUCCGGCGGUUGCUCUCUGCCGUGAACGCUGCGGUUUCCUUGAAGCCGCGAUUCAGCAACGUUACCUUUUAGCCGAAUCACACGUGGCCUACACUCACUCGCUUAGAGGAAUCGGUCACUCACUCCACCUCUUUAUCAACCACCACCACCGCUUCGUCGCUUCCGGCGGCGCCAACGCCGGUGGUGACUCUCCCAGGCUCAACCUUCCACCUCACAGAAAAGGUGACCCCGAAGGAGACGACGACGGCGACGGAGGGAAGAAUUCGCCGAAAAAAGCAAAACUACCUCCUUCUCACGCCCACUCGGGUUCGGGUUCGGGUUCUGAUUCGGGUCAUCUCGAUUUCGAUUCGGAUGAUUCCGAUGAUGAUGAAGACGAAGAAGGAGACCAUUUGGAUAUGGAUUCGGAUUCGCUGCAUCACCACUCUCCAAAACACCACCACCACCUCGGCAAUUUCCCGAUACACGAAGCCGGGCCUUACAUGGAACAACCGGGUUAUACCCGGUACCCGAAUCCGGAAAUGAUGGGUCAAUUUCCUCCUCCUUCGUACGGUGGAAGUUAUAUGCACAUGAAUUACAUGAAGAACAAAUCGACGCCUCCUUCAGUCAUCUACGAGCAAAGACCAAUUAGCCCUCAAAGAGUCUACGUCGGCGAAUCAUCUUCUUCAUCUUCUUACAAUCCUUAUCCUCCUCCCAAUUCGUAUUUCGGAUACUCAAAUCCCGGACCCGGACCCGGACCCGGAUACUACGGUUCUUCAACUUCUUCUGCGCCGGCGGCUUCUAAACAGCCUCCGCCUCCGCCGUCGCCGCCUAGGUCCAACGGCUGGGAUUUUCUUAAUCCGUUCGACACUUAUUACCCUCCGUACACUCCGAGCCGAGAUUCGAGAGAGUUGAGAGAGGAAGAAGGUAUCCCGGAGCUGGAAGACGACGAUUCACAGUACGAGGUUGUUAAGGAAGUUCACGGGAAACCGAAAUUCGCCGCCGGCGGCGGUGGCGGUAAUCAUCAGCCGAAACCCGCCGCCGUGUACAGGGAAGAGCCUCCGUCUCCUCCUUCUCCAGCUGAUAAAUCCGGCGCCAGCACCAGCGGCGGUGGAGAUGCAGAGGCGUCCAUGUAUCAGACUAGGCCAAGCGUGUCGGUGGAGAAGGAAGGGAUGAAGUACGAUGUCCACGUCGUUGAGAAGAAGGUCGUGGAAGACGAGGAAAGACAGAGCAAUGCCACGUCGACACGUGGCGCCGGAGGAGGAGGAGGGGCACGUGCGGUGCCUGAGGUAGCGAAAGAGAUUGAGAAUCAAUUCGUGAAAGCUGCAGAGUCGGGAAGUGAGAUCGCCAAGCUACUUGAAGUCGGGAAGCAACCUUAUGGUCGUAAACAUGCUUCUUCGAAAUUGUUACACGGUGUUACUCCAUCGCUACCAUCUACAUCUUCUUCUGCUGCUACUGCUGCUGCUCAGCCAACGUAUGCAGACAUUGAAGAAGAGCUUGCGUCAAGGUCGAGGAAUCUAUCUUCGACAUUGCACAAGCUUCAUCUAUGGGAGAAGAAGCUUUACCACGAAGUGAAGGCUGAGGAGAAAUUGCGGAUAGCGCACGAGAAAAAGCUAAGGAAGCUAAAGCGUUUGGAUGAGAGAGGCGCUGAAGCUACUAAAGUAGAUACGACAAGGAGAUUAGUGAGAGACAUGUCCACGAAGAUACGGAUUGCGAUUCAGGUUGUCGACAAAAUAUCCGUGACGAUUAAUAAAAUCAGAGACGAAGACCUUUGGCCGCAAUUGAACGCAUUGAUUCAAGGGCUUACAAGAAUGUGGAAAGCGAUGCUCGAGUGUCAUCAAAGCCAGUGUCAAGCUAUUAGGGAAGCUCGAGGGUUAGGACCGAUAAGGGCAAGCAAGAAACUCGGCGAUGAACAUCUAGAGGCAACGAGUUUGCUUGGACACGAGCUUAUAAACUGGAUCUUGGGGUUCUCGAGCUGGGUUAGCGCGCAGAAAGGUUACGUGAGAGAGUUGAAUAAAUGGCUCAUGAAGUGUCUUCUCUACGAGCCUGAGGAAACAGCUGAUGGGAUCGCUCCUUUUUCACCUGGUCGGAUCGGAGCUCCACCGAUCUUUGUGAUCUGUAACCAAUGGUCUCAAGCUUUGGACAGGAUUUCAGAGAAGGAAGUCAUUGAGGCGAUGCGUAGCUUCACUACGAGCGUGCUUCAGCUCUGGGAGCAAGAUCGGUUGGAGACGACGAUGAUGGGGCACGGGGAUGAGAAGAGAGUUAGGAACAUGGAUAGGGAAGAACAGAGGAUACACAGAGAGAUUCAAGCACUGGAGAAGAAGAUGGUUCUUGUGGCACCUGGUGAUGGUGGUAAUAACAGUCUUUCGUUAUCUGGGAACGUUGUUUACCAGAGCGAUACAAGCAACGAUAGUUUACAAGGUAGUUUGCAGCGGAUUUUUGAAGCUAUGGAGAGAUUCACUGCUGAGUCUAUGAGAGCUUAUGAGGAUCUGUUACUGCGCGCUGAAGAAGAAACUGCUCCUAAAGAACUUGAGGAAGAAGAAGAUGAGGAAUAG